AUGGAGAUUUCAAUUACUGAUCACAGCUGUAGCUCAUCGGGCAACUUUAAGUACAAGGGCGCCCACCUAGCGUUCAGGGAUCGCUGGAAGAAAACAGAUGACACCAUGUGUCGCCACAGCAUGUCCUUCCAUCUGCACCAUACACUGAGGAAUGAAUUCUUUGCCAGCUAUCUCUACCUGCUGGAGCAGAUCCCCCUGGUCAAGCUGUUUCCGGUCACCUGUGAGUACAUCCAAGGUGAGAAACAGUUCUACUACCGGGCUCAGCAGUUUUACGAGGAUGUCCCGGCCUCAGAGGAGGGCAUGAUGGGAGAUUUUGUGGAGAUUUCCAACGUUGAUCUGGAGGGUUCGAGACAGUUCCUACAGAGGUUUGUGGGCCCUGGUAAGGCUGGUACGCAUUGUGCUCUGGACUGCGGGUCUGGGAUUGGCCGCGUGUCAAAGGGUGUUCUCCUGCCCAUGUUUGAGAAAAUGGAGCUGGCAGACAUGAUGGAACACUUCCUGCUCUAUGCACACGAGGAGUACCUGGGCGAUGACGCCGACCGCAUCGAAACCUACUACUGUUACAAUCUGCAAGAAUUCACACCUCCGCCCAAGAAGUACGAUGUCAUCUGGAUACAGUGGGUUGCAUGUCAUCUAACAGACAAGGACCUGUUGAACUUUCUGAUUCGCUGUAAGAACAGCCUGCGUCCCAAUGGCGUCAUCGUCAUGAAGGACAACAUGGCGCGACAGGGCUGCAGGCUGGAUCCAAUCGACAGCAGCAUCAUCCGCCACUUGGACAUCAUGAGGGACAUCAUCUUAAAGGCCAGGCUGGAAGUGCUGGCCAUCGAGAAGCAGGAAGGCUUCCCUGAGGCCAAUGUCCCGGUCUGGAUGAUUGCCAUGCAAUAA